UUUUAUAUAUAUUGUCUGUUACAAUAUAACAUUGGGGCUUGCGCGUUGUCCAACACUGAUUGGAACCUCAAAUUGUUAAUAUAUCUAUCAAAUGGUCUCUUUAUCUGGAAUGUGCUGAAUCAGAAUCAGGGCACGGAUACUGAUCGCGCAAUGGAUUACGGCGGGGCCAUUGAUAAGCACAAUCGAUGUCUCGGCAACAGGGCCUGGUGUAUAAAGGAUAUUUGUGGCAUUGCCUGCGUUAUUGCUACCUGGCUACUGAUACUCUCCGCCGAGCUUAUUGUCGGCGCGCUUAUUUUGGUGCCCAGCUAUGCCAACUCUACGAUUUUUAGCAUAACAAAUAUGUUUAUAUUCCAAGCGUUCGCAUUUCUAGCAUUCGUUUCCCAUCUGCGCGCAGUGCUAACCGAUCCUGGUGCUGUGCCGCUUGGCAAUGCCACCAAUGAGAUGAUGGAACAGAUGUGCACCAAGUGCUGCAGCUCAAAGCCAGCACGUGCUCAUCACUGUUCUAUUUGUCAGCGCUGCAUUCGUAAAAUGGAUCAUCAUUGUCCCUGGAUUAACAAUUGUGUGGGUGAAAACAAUCAAAAGUAUUUUGUACUCUUUAACUUGUACAUAGCGUUAAUGUCGAUGCAGUCGCUCCUUCUGGUGAGGAUGCAGUUUGCAGAGUGCCUGAAAAACGAUUGGGGCAGUUGCUCACCAAUCUCACAGCCGGCUACCAUAUUUCUCCUGGCCUAUCUCACCUACGAGGGUUUUGUGUUUGGAGUCUUGACCAUUGUUGUGUUGGCCAUGCAGCUGAAUGCGAUAUUCAAUGAUCAAACGUUUACUGAACAGUUGAAGAAUGAGGAAGCGCAUUGGAUUAAAAAUUCUGGACUUAAGUCAAUGUUUAGACACUUUUCGCUCACUUGGUUUUCGCCUUUCACGAAACCCUCAUAUCGCUAUAAAUUCAGCUACUCUGUCUAAAAUAAUAAUCUAUGUAAAAAUCUUUAAGAAAUAAUU